AUGGUAACGGUACAGCCAACUUCAUUCACCGUUUCCCAUGUGAUGACGUCCCAACAGUGGAGCAGUGGGGUAUGUGACUGCUGCGAAGACAUGGGCAUCUGUUGCUAUGGUUUCUGGUGCCCUCAUUGCCUUAUGUGCAGCACCAGUUCCGAUUUUGGAGAGUGUCUUUGUCUCCCCCUGCUAGACGUGUUUUUUGGAGGUGCCAUCUCUCCUGUGUCUCUCGCUAUGAGAAGUUCAAUGAGAGAGAGGUAUCAUAUCCAGGGCUCAAUCUGCGAUGACUGCUGUAUGAUCACUUUCUGUGGGCCGUGCACCUGGUGUCAAAUGGCACGCGAGGUGAAGAAAAACCGUCAAAGUGUCAUGAUCAUCAACCCGCCAGUGAAUCCAUCCUAUCAGCCAAUACCCCCCCCAGCCCCCCUACAAUACCCCCCUACAGCCCCUGUGCCACACGUGUAUGAGGUCACGCUGCCCCCUAGUGGCUCAACGCUGGCCAUGAUCCACCUGCAGCACCAGUCUCCAUGGAACAUCCAGCCACAUCUCCACAGCGUCCAGUUCACUCAGACAAAACCUCACAAACACUCACACCCGUGGUUCUCCUGUGACACAUCACUGUGA